CAUCCAUGACUGGUACAAGCGGUGCUACGAUAAAGAUAUAGUUGACAAAACCACCCUUUAUACUUGUAUCAAGACCAACAAUGCUUACAAAGGCUUGAAUCAACCCAUGGUCAAAACAGAAAAAGAAAAAAAAUAUCGCGAUUUAUAGCUCUUUCAAUCAAAUAUUACACGUCCCAAACCUUCACAUCAAUAAUGGGACUAUCCAACAGCCAUAUAUUGGAGUAUGAGGCAGCAAGGAAGUCUUUUUCUGAGUAUGAUAGAAAAAAACUAGACGAAGUUUUCAAUAAGAUGUCAAGCGACAAUGGGCGUCAUGUUAAAGUGAUAGAGAAAGAGCCUUUCCAGAGCUAUACCUCGUGGUUACUGCCAGAACAAGUCAGCAAGCGAUUCUUUAAAGAAAUGUGUGGAAUUCAAUCUUCCCUUGAGCAAGAUGUCAAGGAAUUUGAAGUAGGCAAAGAAGCCUUCUUCAUAACUCUUUGUCAUUUCUUUAAGAAAGGAAAGGAAGACAAGGCCAAAGUAUUUCAUCUUGUUGCAUCCGAUUCCAACUCUGUUACCAGUCCCGAAGUUGCAACUUUAUGUAGGUUUCUUCUUAAUGCGUAUGUCACUGCAUUGAAGUCAACGCAAAUAGGAAAACAAUGGAAAGUCGACUGCUCCAAAGAAGCAGAAGAAAGAUUUGUGCUAAUGGUAAUUAAGACAUUACUUGAUGAUAAAAAAGAGCCAUGCUUGGUUUCGGUUGGUGAUCUAGUCAGCUGGUUCACUAGAUUUCCAUUAGUAGAACACAUGUUUGUUGCUGUAGUCAAAGCAUGUUUUAUUGACUUGGAGGGUAUUGUUCAAAAACAUCCACAUGGUUUGAAUGAAGGCUGUGAGGAAACCAUCAAACAUGUACAUUAUGAAAGGUCUCAUAUCUUGAUUCCUUGCAAACUUGAAGUUAAUUUUGAUGAAACUGCCACUCUCCUAGACAUCCCAACCCUCUUGACCCUUAACCAUGUUUUGCCGCCCGACCUGCGACACAGAUGGAGGCUUUUAUUUUCCACCAAGAUCCAUGGAGAGAGUUUCCAUUCCUUACUGCAUCAGAUCACUCACCAGGGACCUACUAUUGUGAUAGUCAAAGACAGUGGAGGUCAUAUCUUUGGAGGGUUUGCUUCAAAAAGCUGGACAAUCAAGUCACAAUUUAAUGGGGAUAGUCGAUGUUUUUUAUUCAGUCUCCAACCAUCUUUAGCCAUCUAUCAUCCUACUGGUUACAAUGAGAAUUUCAUGUAUCUGAACAAUGGUAUGCAGACUCUGCCCAAUGGACUGGGCAUGGGAGGUCAGUUAGAUUAUUUUGGAUUGUGGUUGGAUGAGAACUUUGGCAGAGGCCACUGCAAAGGACAACCAUGUUCGACAUAUGGAAACCAGCAGCUUUCUUCUAGUGAGGUCUUUCAUGUCGAUGAACUGGAGGUUUGGGGUCUUGGUGUUCCACCAGAGAGUCAGCUAUGGCAGCGAAGUGUCUUAGACACAGAGGUUGAAGCCAAGGCAUUCUUGGAAGUAACAGGGAAAGAGUUACACAGUGCAGGGUUUAGGGAUCCAGAACCAUCUGAGUAGGCCAAACCAAAUGUAUUUUGAAUAUUGAUGGAAAAUUAUAAUUACAGUGAAAUUCAAUGUAUUUAUGAUAUACUUUGAAAAUUCGUAUAUAAUUUGUUUGGUGAAUGGGAAAAGGGGAUCAACAAUGUAUGGCUUACCAAUCAAUGCUAAAUAUUUCAUGAUAUGACUAAAAAGAUAAAUCAUAUUAUUAACAUCAUUUAUGCCCAGCGGACAUGUAUAUAUGUAUUAAACCAGGGUUAACAAUAGCAACCUGUUAAUAGAGGUUGACCAAUAUUUGCACUUUACUGUCCAAAUGCCUCUUGGGCUACCAGUCACAUGACUAGCGACAUGUUUUUCAUUCUUAUGUGGCUGGUCUUUGUUCCUGGCCAUUAGGGAUGGAUCAUUAAGUCCCCCACAGAUGCUUUCAGUGUCAUCACGCAACGGGGAGAAAGCGUUGCGUGACGACACUGAAAGCGGCUGUGGGGGAGAAUAGGAUGGACCAUUAAAUCCCUCCAAAAAUAUCCAGGAAGUACUUGACCUAUGAAAACAAUAUGGUGCAACCUCUCCUUUCAGAAAAGAAAGCACGGCAUGCCUGAAAAGCAGUGUAACUGAGUCGUUUACCGUGGAUAAAUAAAGUUAAUUAAUUAAUUCA